UUCUAAGUGUUUCAUGUCUUUAUUUUUACUGAAUUAAAUAAUGUCAUAAUAAAAAUCAAUGUUCAUAAUAAUAAAUAUUUAUAGUUAAAUUUCUGUAGUUUGAGACAAGGUUCAACGGUUUCUAGUGUACGAUCCGAGAUGGAAAGUGAAAAAUACACUGCCGAAGUCGCUGGUAGCAGCCGCGAUGAUAACUGGCGUCGGAGAUGCGGCUGUCUCAAAACCAGUGAAAAGUUAAAAAAGAUCCUGGAGACUUUCCCAUCGGCACCUCCGCCCACACCAGUGGAAGAUGUGUCGCUUAUUCCACUAAAACACACGUGCAUAUCGGCGUACUGUAGCCAAGUUCACCAUCCGCCGUUUAGCCAAAUUGACGAAUCACCUCGACCGAGAUUGAAAUCUUUGGAUAGCGAUACAAAAUUAAGAAAGGAUACGUGCAAAGCUGUGCGAGUGCUAAGGGAAUUGGUACAACUAUUGCAGUUCUCUGUGACGACUACGGCGGUGGCUAUAUACUACCUCAUAUAUUGUUAUAUGCAACUUAUAUACUAUACACUGUGGAGUGCUAUUUACUUCCACAAUGCGGACGGGCCUAUGAAAAUAACGAUUUCCCUAAUAGCCAUCACAUCAAUUGUGAUAUUUAUUAAUUUAAUAUACAAGUUGGAGAAAUUUAUCGGCAUUGGAAUGAUGGACUGACUAAAAUUCUGGAGUAUUAUUGCAGAAGA